AUGGAAGAUAAGCCUAAGGUGUUGGUUCUGGGUGGUGUGGGCUUCGUGGGCCGCAACUUCGUCAAGUACCUCGUGGAUAACGACCUCGCCUCGUACAUUCGCGUGGUCGACAAGGUCCUCCCCCCCACGGCCUUCCUCGGCAAGCCCCACCAGGCCGCUUUCGAUGACUCGCGCGUCGAGUUCAUGCAGGGCAACUUGACCAACCCGACCUCCAUCGCCAAGUGCUUCACCGUUGAGGGCGGCAAGUUCAACCUCGUCUUCAACUUGGCCUGCGAGACCAAGUACUCCCAGACCGUGGAGGUCUACAGGGAGAAGAUCCUCGAUCUUAAGAAGAAGCUCGCCGCCGAGGCGGUCAAGCAGGGCGUUGAGAGGUUCAUCGACGUCUCUACCGCGCAGGUCUACGAGGCCGGCAAGAAAGCCAGCAAGGAGGACUCCUCGGUGAAGCCCUGGACCGGCAUUGCUGAGUUCUGUCUCGAAUCCGAGAAGGAGCUGCAGGGCAUGGCUGGCCUCAACCUGAGCAUCCUGCGCCCUGCCGUCAUCUACGGCCCCGGCGACGUCAGCGGCCUCUCGCCUCGCCUCAUCUGCGGUGCCGUCUACAAGCACCUCGACGAGAAGAUGAAGUUCCUGUGGGGCGCCGACCUCAGGCUCAACACCGUCCACGUGAACGACGUCUGCAAGGCCCUGUGGCACGUGGCUACCAGGUGCCCCGUCGGCUCCGUCUUCAACUUGGCUGACAAGGGCGACACCACCCAGGGUACCAUCAACGAUUUCCUUGAGAAGCUCUUCCACAUCAAGACUGGCUUCCUGGGCUCCGUCGUGUCGAACAUGGCCAAGCUCAACAUGAAGAACGUCACUGAGGAGAUCAACGACAAGCACCUCAAGCCCUGGUCCGAGCUUUGCAAGGCUCACGGCAUCACCAACACGCCCCUGACGCCCUACCUGGACCAGGAGCUGCUGUACAAUAACUCUCUCUCCGUUGAUGGCGGCAAGAUCGAGUCGACUGGCUUCACCUACGACGUGCCCCAGGUCACGGAGGCCCUCCUCAGGGAGCAGGCUCAGUACUUCAUCGACCAGAACCUCUUCCCCAAGAUCAUCUAA